AUCCCAGACGCCCUCGUUUGUCACGUAAGAAAUCAAUCCGCGCUUCCGGAUGAGCGUCCGUAAAGCAAGAUGGCCUGGAUGUGCACUUUCUAAGAAAACACCAAUCACAUGCACAGCACGCACAUACUGCCAGCUGCAGCAGGUUGACCUGAAAAGCUGCACGUUUUGUUACCUUUGGGUCCAAUGGAUGACAAGGAGAAUCCACUGAAGAGGGACCACAGCCUGACUGUGGUUCUGCCAGGAGGACAGGAGAAAACCACCAUCGUGCACGGGAGUAAACCAGUGAUGGACUUACUGGUCUCACUCUGUGCGAGUUACCACCUAAAUCCUUCUGAGUACACUGUUGAGGUUCUGUCACUCAACAAGAAUGUCAUCACUUUUAAACCGAACUCUCCUGUCGGCUCACUGGAAGCGGAGAAGAUCGUGCUGAAGCCCAAAGUGAUGGAGGAAAAGACGACGAAGCCCUACAUGCCCGAGGCCACGGUGCGCUUGCUGAUCAACUACAAUAAGUCUCACAGGACCGUGGUGCGGGUGAAUCCCAAACUUCCCCUGAGGAUGCUGCUGCCAGUGGUGUGUGACAAGUGUGAGUUUAAAGAAGGAACAACAGUUUUACUGAGAGACUCUCAGGACACAGAGCCGCUGGAUCUGAGCAAGACCUUAAAUGAACUCGGGCUGAGGGAAGUGUUUGCCAAAGACAUGGAAGCUCAACAUCAGCCAGCGCAACAUGAAGCAGCCGUCACUUGGACAGAGACCAUCGCAACGUGUCCGCUGCAAGGUGUCGCGCAAGCAAAGGCUUCAACCGGCUCCGAUCAAACACUCCCGCUGCCGGUCACUGAUCAAAGUUCUGCACAAUGUGUCACCCUCUCAAAGAAGAAACAGAGGGAGAACAGAGGAUUCCUCAGCUUCUUCAGGAAGAAGGCAAACCCUGAAAUGGGGGAGCCACUGAGUGUUCCGGUUUCUCCUGGUCUUAUCAAACAAGCGACACUUAAUGUCCAAACUGUCUCCUUGCCGAGCACCCUGCCAGCAGAGGUACCGAAGAAGAGACGAGCUCCCCGGCCUCCUAUGGGGGCCUCACAGAGCGUCCCCACCAACCUCAGCACCUGUGAUCCAAAAGCCGCUCAGAGCUCAACUUUACGGAGUAUGAAGAGAAGGGCGCCGCCUCCCCCCUGUGCAGAUGGCCACCAGCAGCUGCAUGCUGAUGUGAGGUUAAAGGGGCUGUAGACUCUGUGCACGGUCUGACAGAAUUAAAAUCACUUUCAUCGCCACAUCCUUCACAUCUCCAGUUGUCUGUGUCCACAUCGCAACCUUCCAAGGACCCUGAUUUACCUACAAUUCUCAGAAAAGAAUCCG